GUCAAUCCGUGCGGGUUCUUUUAUUGGAUCUGCAGCGCUAGAGAACUGAGGACUGACGGAGCCGCACGAUACAACACGGCGUCUAUUAUUUUACUUUUAUGUUUAUACGUAGCCAAAAAAACCGUCCUAAUUUUAAGUACUGACCAAAAGUACGCAAAGUGGUGUUUUUUUCCUGAAGCGCUUACACAUCCUAAAUAUCUGCAGCAUUUUUAAAGAGGAAAAUAACCGUGGGCCUCACACCCGGUGUCCAGUUUAAAUACUUUUCAAACUUUUGGAUGUGCAGGAAUCGCAGAUGCCUGAAAUGAAGGGUCGAGAAAAAGGAUUGUGUUUUCUGUAGCCGAUCUUCUUUUCCUGCAAGUUUGAAGAUCCGAACAGGGAUGGUGUGUUUCUUGGUCAGAAAAGCCCGUUGAUUGUGACAAACCCGGGUGGGAACGGGAUUGUGUCCAAAGUGCAGAAGUCAAUAGAGCAGUAUUAAUCCGAACUGCCGGCGCUGAAGAACACUUACAAAAAAAAAAAAAAAAAAAAAACGAAAAAACAAACACGACCAGGAUGUGUCUGCGGCAGAGGAGACCCCAGCAACAGGCGUGGAUAGAAUGAUGGAUAAAACAUAAAACUGAGACGAAGGGGAGCAUUUUAUUGGGCACGAGGGGGAAAGAAAAAGUUGAAACGCCGGUAAAUGAUGCAAUGAUAAGAGGACAAUGAGGGGAAGCCACCAUGAGAGGCAGCGCUUGUGGAAUCUAGUGGCCGAACUGGACGCGUCUCCACGGCUCGGCGUCUGCGGGAGAGUGGCGCGCGCGCGGAGCGCACAUGCGUUUGACGUGAUAUAACAUAGCACGAGACCGAUCUGUUUCCCGGCGAGGGGGUGGGGGGAAGCAGAGACAUGGAUGUUGUCCGCACGGGGACCCGGUGACAGCGUCUUCCCCCCCCAUCGACUGAAAAGGGAGGAAUAAGGGCUUAUCAGGUACCCCUGGGGGGUGCAAAGGGAAUCGGGAGGGGGCAGGGAGGAGAGACGGCCUCCAGUGAGAAGGGUCCGGCCCCAGUGUCGCAGAAGCAUGGGCUGCGCCUCCAGCGUCCACAUCUCCGACAGGGUGGUCCAUCACAGUGGGAAAGGGUCCGAGGGCUCGCACGCGCCGCAGCCCCCCAGCGCAGCCCCCCACAGGGUCCCGGCCCUCGGAUUACCCGUGAAAAGCCCCGAUCACAAGACCUCAGUCAAGGAGGUGCAGUUUGGACCAAUGAAGCUGUACAAGGAUCCCCUUCAGGUACUCUUGGUGUUCUCCAAAGAUGACAGCCAGAGCAAUGGCUUCUUGUGGGCAUGCGAGAGGGCGGGCUUCAGCUGUAGCAUCGCCAGGACCCCCGAGACUGCCCUGCAGUGCUUCCUGGAGAAACACCACGACAUUAUCAUCAUCGACCACAGGCACUCCCGAUACUUUGACGCCGAAGUCCUUUGUGGGUCAAUCCGAGCAAUGAAGUCUUCGGAGAACACGGUAAUUGUUGCAGUGGUGAAAAGGCCAGAGCGAGAGGAGGCCUCCGUGAUGCCGCUGAUUGCCGCUGGAUUCAACAGGAGAUACGUGGAGAACCCCCACAUGAUGAGCUGCUACAACGAGCUGAUCCAGUUGGAGUAUGGCGAGGUUCAUGCGCAGUUUCAGCUCCGGGCAUGCAAUGCUAUUUUCACUGCAAUGGAGCAAAGUCAAGAGGCCAUUGAAAUCACCAACGAAGAUCAGUUGAUUCAGUAUGUGAACCCUGCCUACGAGGCCAUCAUGGGGUACCAGCAAGGGGAAUUGCUGGGGAAGGAAGGGGUUGAAGUGCCUAAAAGUGAGAAGAACAAGCCCGAUCUUCUAGAGACAAUCAACUCAUGCAUACGUAACGGCAAGGAGUGGCAAGGAGUUUACUUUGCCAAAAAGAAGAAUGGAGACAGUGUGCAGCAAAAUGUGAAGAUCAUGCCUGUGAUUGGACAGGGAGGGAAAAUCAGACACUAUGUGUCUAUCAACCGGCCUUUAAAUGACAUCAAUAAGAUGGACAAGUACAGCGAUCGCGUGCAGGCAGAAUCUCAGACAGACGUCCAGUCCAGCAAGCACAAAGACAGGAGGAAAGGCUCGCUUGACGUCAGGUCGACAACAUCCCGGGGAAGUGAUGGGAGCUCACAGAGAAGGCACUCCUCCAUGGCCCGGAUCCACUCCAUGACCAUUGAAGCUCCCAUAACCAAGGUGAUCAACAUCAUCAAUGCAGCCCAAGAGAGCAGCCCCAUGCCAGUGGCUGAGGCGCUGGACCGCGUGCUGGAGAUCCUGCGCACUACAGAGCUAUAUUCACCCCAGCUGGGGACAAAGGAUGAGGACCCCCACACCAAUGACCUGGUGGGGGGGCUCAUGAUGGAUGGGUUGCGAAGGUUAUCGGGGAACGAGUACAUCUUCGCUACUAAACAGCCCCAUCACAUCCCUGGUCAUCUCGGCACCCCGUUGUCACUCAGCGACAUCCCCCAAUAUGUAGCCCGGACUAUGGAGAACGAGGAGUCCUGGGAUUUUGACAUCUUCAGCCUAGAGGCUGCCACCAUAAGGAGGCCCCUGGUGUAUCUGGGGCUCAAGGUGUUUUCACGCUUUGGGGUGUGCGAGUUCCUCCACUGCUCAGAGUCCACACUCCGGGCAUGGCUGCAGGCAAUCGAAGCAAACUACCAUUCUAGCAACUCCUACCACAACUCCACCCAUGCUGCCGAUGUGCUACACGCCACUGCCUACUUCCUUUCUAAGGAACAUGUCAAGCAAAGCCUGGACCCAGUUGAUGAGGUGGCUGCCCUGAUCGCCGCUACAGUGCACGACGUGGACCACCCAGGCCGUACCAACUCCUUCCUGUGCAAUGCAGGCAGUGAGCUGGCCAUCCUAUACAAUGACACGGCUGUCCUGGAGAGCCACCACGCCGCCCUGGCUUUCCAGAUCACCACCCGUGAUGACAAGUGCAACAUCUUCAAGAACAUGGAGAGGACUGAAUACCGCACACUCCGACAAGCCAUUAUUGACAUGGUCCUGGCAACAGAGAUGACCAAGCACUUUGAGCACGUCAACAAGUUUGUGAAUAGCAUCAACAAACCUCUGGCUGCAUUGGAGGAGACAGGGGCAAAUGGAGAGGAGGAAUCUGUAAAAAGCAUCCUGACGUCUCCAGAGAACCGGAUCCUCAUCAAGCGCAUGCUGAUCAAGUGUGCGGACGUCUCCAACCCGUGUCGGCCGCUACAGCUGUGCAUCGAGUGGGCGGGCCGCAUUUCAGAGGAGUAUUUUGCGCAGACGGAUGAAGAGAAGCGGCAAGGGCUUCCUGUGGUGAUGCCCGUGUUUGACAGGAACACCUGCAGCAUUCCAAAAUCCCAGAUCUCCUUCAUCGACUACUUCAUCACCGACAUGUUUGAUGCCUGGGACGCAUUUGCUGACCUGCCCAACCUCAUGCAGCACUUGGACAACAACUUCAAGUACUGGAAAAAUCUGGAUGAGCGUAAACUGCGCAGUCUGAGACCCCCAAUGGAGUAGCUGUUCUGUAGCCCCUGUGCAGUGGACUCGCACCUCAGGGACAGGCGUACGCAGAGGGAUGAAUUACACUAAACACAUGGGUUGGCCUUCAGGUCUAAAAGGAGCAGUUCGCUGCCCAACCCUUGAGUAAAGAACCGUCCCCAAACUGCUGCGGAGGGUGGGGGAUGGGGUACAUCACACCCCAGGACUGGAUCAUCUGCGACUCACGCUGAAGCCAUGCUGGGAAGCUACAGGUCUGUCUUCACCUGUUUUCUUUUCUCCUUUGUUUCAUUUUUGGCUUUCUCCUUCGGAGACUUCCACAGUGGACAUUUGGCUUUCAUAAUACCUUGCUACAUGGUGAAAAAGAGCUGCUCUUUUUUUUUUUUUUCUUCUGGAUGUCUUCAAGGGGGCCAAACAUUUCUUUCUUUUUUGGCCGCCAUUUUAAAGGACUGAUAAAAAUGGAUGCGUCUUAGACUUUUUUUCUUUUUUUUUAACGGACAGUUUUGGGAUAUUUAUUUUUUUAGAUGUUUAAUAUUUCCUUAUAAAUUCAGACAUAACUAAUAAAUAGGCCUAAGAAAAUGAAUGAAUGAGUGAGAAGCCAAAGCAUUGAUUAAUGAAAACAUUGAAAUUCCGCAAGUCUAUAAAUGUACUUUUCAUUGAUGUUGCUAAUAAUGUUUAUUUUCAUAGUAGAAAAGGAUACCUUUUAUAUUGCACUGUAAACAACAAUGAAAGUAUAUAAGUGGAAUAAGCCAUCCUGGGUUCAAUCACUUGGGCAGGUAAUUUUUUUUUUUUUGGUCCUGGCAACUCACCUGGACAUCUGCCUGCUGCGUGAUCCCUGUGUACAACAUGGCUAUCAAUAAUGGAAGGAAUUUGUGAACAGAAGUGUCUCUGACUUGAAUGAUUUCUUUUUUUCUUCCCCUACCAGUUUUGUACCUGGUGUAUUCUACUGAAAAGACUGCCUUAUUUUUUACAAUAUUUAUACAUCACAUCCCACUCUGUAAAUGAAAAUAACAUCCUGGGAAUUUCUAAAUAAUUUAGUUAAAAUGAUAUUCAAAUUUCUAUUUUUGUAGACUGAAUUUGACACUGGAGUGACAUAAAAUAAGCAUGAAUCUUGUCAAAGAUUUUCUGAAAGUGUUUGGCAGAACUGUCAAAUGGGUGUUUUUGUUCUAUAUACAUCUAGAACACAGCUUGAGAAGCCCAUGAAAAAAUGGAUCAUCCACCACUGGUUCAAAUUAAAAAGAACACGUUUGGAAAGAAGGCUCCUUGGAAUAUUUAAACUUGCUCUCCGAGAGUCGCAAAUACUUUAAAUAACUGAUAGGACUGAAUUGUGUAUAUUCAUCCCGGCUGAUUUGCGAAAACUUCGGACUCUGACUUCAGCAGAAAAGAGAAUGUGACAAAUGAAUCUACUGAAAAUAAAAUGUUAAUAAUGGAGUCUGUGUUUUUUGUGUAAUUGUGAUUUUCCUGUGACCACACACACUCAGGACAGAUAUGGAGCAAGUGGGGAUCAAUCCCUUUUAAAGUUUGUUGCGUUUUGUGACGGUGGUCACCGGUCACACUCCUCAGGGGGCAAAGCAUCCGCUAAUUUGACGAUGGGGGACAAAUCUGUGAGUAUAUUUUUAUGGUUUUACCCUGGUGUAGUCAAGCAUUUAUGAAGGGUGACAAAUUCUUUAGAGACUUUGCAAAUAGGAAACCCGUGGUGGCCCGAUCCAUGUUUUAAUGCUUUAGUCUCAUUUACCGAGCAUUUAUAUUUGUUAAUAAUGCAUUCAGUUUCUAGUCUGGGCAUCCCAGAGGGUUAGACACAGUCAAGCGUUACCUGUGGACUUAUGUUGAAAAUAAUCUGCAUACAGGGCACUAUGUUCACUGAUUGGUAUCUUCCCAAGUUAUGGUUCUACUAAUAAACGCAAUGAAUAUCACUUC